AUGACUCCCAAAAAUGAGAAAGAAAUGCGUGAUAAUGUUUGCAUGGACAUUGGGAGGUGUUUCUCUGAGAAUGCUUUGCCUUUUCAUUUGGCUAAGAGUCCAUCCUUUAUCAAUAUGUGUCCCUCGAUUGGAAAUUAUGGUAGCGGAUUGAAACCUAAGAGUAUGUAUGAGCUUAGGACUUUGAUAUUGAAGGAGGAGAUAAAGACUACCGACACAAUAGUUGAGGAUAUUAAAAAGAGAUGGCCAUCAACGGGAGUUUCAAUAAUGUCAGAUGGAUGGUCCGACGAAACAUUGUUUAAAAUGUUGGAUGACGUUAUUGAAGAAAUUGGAGAACAUCUUGUUGUUCAAGUGGUUACUAAUAAUGCUAGUGCCUACAAAGGGGUAGGUACAUUAUUGAUGGAGAAAAGAAAGCAUCUCUUUUGGACUCCAUGUGCUGCACACUGUGUUGAUUUGAUGCUUGAAAAAACUGGAGAGUUGCCACAACAUGCAACUGCUUUGACUGAAGCAAAAAAAUUGAGCAAGUAUAUUUACAAUCAUCAAUUGGUCCUAGACAUGAUGAUAAAAUUUGCUAAAAGAGACAUUGUAAGACCUACUGCCACUAGAUUUGCAACUGCAUUUCUUACACUACAAAGCAUUUAUCAAGUGAGGCAACCUUUGGAGGCUAUGUUUACUUCUAAAGUGUGGAUAGAGUGUCCUUGGGCAACUAAAUCAGAUUGA